AUGAUAUGUCCUUCCCUAAGCUUGGCGGAUUAUAGUCCGCCCCUGCCGUUCAUUCGGUUUCUUGGUUACUCAGCCAAUAUAAAAGUCGUUGCAGCCCAUACAGGAUUGUUUCGAAUUUCGACCUCGAGUAUUAACGAAAGUAGUACUAGUGGAUUAUAUUAUUCUAAGAACAUUAAACCAAAAUUCUUAUUUUUUAUUUAUCUAACUAAAACGGCCUCCGACGGUAUUUUGCAAAGGAAAGGUCUAUUUUGUCAUCCAGGCCACGCGUGUCUACUAUUCGCUUCACGCAAGCUUACAUCUUGCAGAACUACAGGCGAUGAAACCAUUCCUGCCGAAUCAAACAGCGUAACUUGUAUUGUGGGAGAUAGCAUGUUAAAGCAUGUCUCACACUGGAAAAUUAACAACAAAUUGACAUCAAAGCAAAAAAUAAUUGUCAAGUCAUUUUCUGGUGCAAAAACGGCGCACAUGGUAAAUUAUUUGAAACCAACGCUGGACGAAGUUAAUCCUGAUCAUUUAAUUAUUCAUAUUGGAACGAACGAUUUACCGUCUAACGAAACUCCUAAAAAUAUUGCUUCAAAAAUUGUAAAUAUGACAACUGAAGUUAUUACGGGAAAAAACAUGAUUGUUUCAGUUUCUGAAAUAAUAACGAGGGAUGAUAAAUUGAAAAUGAAGGCGGGUUAUGUAAACAGUUUUUUACGUGAAUUAUGUAUUCAACGAAACAUUGGCUUUAUACAGCAUAACAACAUCACGUGUAAUCAUCUCAAUGCCAAACAACAAAUUAUAGUGGCUGACGAUUGCGCGCUAUUAAACAUAAAAAAAUUGCACCCCACAAAACUAUUGAUCGGACAUCUAAAUAUAAAUUCACUCAGAAGCAAAGUACUAUCCUUACAGGAGGUUGUCAAGGAUCAUUUGGACAUUCUGCUGAUAUCUGAAUCGAAACUUGAUCAAUCGUUUACCGAUGCUUCAAUUGCCUUAAAUGGUUUCAAACGUCCCUAUCGAAGAGACCGAAACAAAAAUGGCGGGGGAUUGGUUUUGUAUGUUAAUUGCGAAAUAAUUAGUAAUGCUAUAAAACUCCCUUCUUUACCUGAAGAUAUCGAAAUAGUUGGGAUCGAAGUUAUCCUUCGUGCACAAAAAUGGCCCGUACUGGGCAUUUACAAACCACCCAAUCAACGCUGCGAUUAUUUUCUUGAAAACCUUGGUAAAGUCCUAGAUUCGUUUCAUUACGAAAAUUGUAUAAUAAUGGGCGACUUCAACAGCCACGAAUCCGAAUUAUCAAUCUUAAAAACUCACUAUAAUCUUUCAAACUUAAUUGAUUCACCAACUUGUUACAAGAACCCUGCGAACCCAUCCUGUAUUGAUCAUAUAUGGGUUUCUGACAAGAAAAUGUUCACAAAUAGCUGUGCAAUGGAGACAGGACUGUCCGAUUGGCACAAACUCACUGUGACUGUUAUAAAAGCGGAGAUGCCAAAAAAGAAACCCCGCAUUAUAAAGUACAGGUCUAUAAAAAACUUCAAUAAAUCCGAAUUCCAAAAAGACCUUACUAAGUCAAUGGAGUUAAAGGAAGUGAAUUUCGCAAACCUCGAUACAGCUUUUAAGAACGUAAUUGAAAAACAUAUGCCAGUGAAGCAAAAGAUGGUUAGAAACAAUCAUGCACCAUUUAUUACGAAGAGAGUACGCAAAGAAAUUAUGAUAAGAAGUAGAAAAAGAAACGUAUAUAAUUCGAAUCCAACUGCUGAAAAUUGGAACUCUUUUCGAAUUCAAAGGAAUAAGUGUGCAAAGAUUGUCAGAGAUGUAAGAAAGAAUUAUUACAGAAAACUUGACGUGUCGAAAGUUCGAGACAACAAAGCAUUUUGGAAAAUCGUGAAACCAAAUUUCUCCGAGAAAGCAAUCAAGGAAAAUAUAACUUCGUUAGUCGAAGAUGAUGCUGUUUUACGAAAUAAAGUUGAAAUUGCAAACGUCAUGAAUGAUUAUUUCGUAAAUAUCACAAGAUCACUGAAUGUAAACAACAUCCCUGAAAACAAUCCAGGAACAGCUGAUGAUUGCUCUCGUACCGAGGUUGAUGCAAUUAUUUCAAGUUUCAAAGAACAUCCGAGCAUAAAAAAUAUCAAAUCAAAAUUCUCCAAAAGUGCUGACAUGGACGAAAUGAAAUUCUGUCAUGUUUCUGUUGAAAAAUUAAAACUUUAUAUUGGUUCUUUAAAAAGUGGCAAGGCUUGUCCAGAGGGAGACAUACCUGCAGAUCUUCUCAAAGCUCACGCAAAUGUUUUUGUUAAGCAGUUGAGUCACUGUUUUAAUGACUCAGUAGAUAGAUGCAUCUUUCCUGAGUCUUUGAAAUUUGCGGAUGUGUCUCCACUCUACAAAGCAAAGUCUAGGGUCUGCAAAGAAAAUUAUCGACCAGUUAGUAAACUGCCAAACAUGGCUAAGGUGUUUGAAAAAAUCUUAUUUGAACAGAUAAGUGAGUUCAUGGAGGGGAAAAUGUCCUAUAUUGCUAAGCUUCAUGCUUAUGGAUUUUCUUCUAGUGCAUUAUCUUUUAUUUGGAGCUAUUUAAAGCAGCGCUUUCAGAGAGUAGGUAUUGAUGGGGUUUUUGGUUGUUGGAAGGAAAUUUUUUCUGGUAUACCACAGGGGUCAAUUUUGGGGCCGUUACUGUUUAACAUAUUUUUAAAUGAUUUUCUUUUUCAAUAUGACGUGAAUAUGCCGCCCUGCUCUGAUAUUCUAGUGUGUAACUAUGCUGACGAUAAUACGUUUUGUGCAUCAGCUGAAACCUUUCACGAAGUAAAAUAUAUGUUAGAACAACUUUUUAGGUCAGCAGCUUUAUGGUUUUCCGAUAAUGGCUUGCAAUUAAACGCAAGCAAAUGCGAUUUUAUAAUAUUUGGAAAGCCAGAAAGUCCACAAAUCCGGCAUUUAAAUUUAAAUGGAGCAAUUUUAUCUGCAUCCAAAUGUGUAAAGCUUCUUGGUAUUAAAUUUGACAGUCAACUUACUUUUGCAGAUCAUAUAAACACACUGUGCAAAAGAGCUAGCUGUAAAUCUAAUGCCCUGAAGAGAAUUUCCUGGAUUGUUGAUAAUAAACAGAAAAGUUUAUUAUAUGCAACAUUCAUAGCAUCUGAGUUCAAUUAUUGUCCCUUAGUCUGGGGAUUUAAUAGCAGGAAAUCUAUUUCAAAGGUGGAUAGAGUUUUAAAAAGGGCAAGGUCUCAGUCUAAAGUGGAAUCCAUUUCUUCUACGAAAAGAAUUCAUAUGCAACAUUGUAGACAAUUACUAAAAGAGGUCUACAAGACGAAAUGGAAAUUGAAUCCUUCCUACAUGGAAGGUGUGUUUCAGUUUAGAAAUGAUACUGGAUAUAAUUUAAGGUCAUCAAGUGCUUUAGUUAGACCUAGAAUAAAAUCUUCAAAAUAUGGGCUGCAAACAUUUGGAUAUAUAGCCUCCCAAUUAUGGAAUUCUCUUCCUGAUGAAAUCAAAUCUGCAGAGUCUUUGGUUAAAUUCUGUAAAGCUAUGGGCGAAUUUUCUUCUUUCCAAUGCAAAUGUCGGAUCUGUGCAGAAUACAUAAUUAAUUUAGGGAUUAUUUAA